CUCAUCCAUCCAUCCUUCCUCCUCCUUCUGCCUAUUAAACCCUCCCCAACUCAUCAUCGUUCCAUCCUCCCUUCUUUUCUUUCUUUUAUAUCCAUCUCCAUCUGUAUUUUUCCCUCUUAGAACCCCCCCUUCUCCCUUCUGUACGUUGUGUUAGACCUCGCUCCUGUUGACCAUCAUGAGAGGCAUCCUCAGCCUUUCCCUGCUGCCACUAUUGGCAGCGGCCUCCCCCGUUGCUGUUGACUCCAUUCACAAUGGAGCGGCUCCCAUUCUUUCGGCCUCAAAUGCCAAAGAGGUUCCAGACUCCUACAUCGUCGUCUUCAAGAAGCAUGUCUCCGCUGAAACGGCUGCUGCUCAUCACACCUGGGUGCAGGACAUCCACGACUCGAUGACUGGACGCAUCGACCUGAAGAAGCGCUCUCUCUUUGGUUUCAGUGAUGACCUUUAUCUCGGUCUCAAGAACACCUUCGAUAUCGCCGGGUCCCUGGUGGGCUAUUCUGGACAUUUCCAUGAGGAUGUGAUCGAGCAAGUCCGGAGACAUCCUGAUGUUGAAUACAUCGAGAAAGACAUCGAAGUUCACACCAUGGAGGAGACAACCGAGAAGAAUGCUCCCUGGGGCUUGGCUCGUAUCUCUCACCGUGACAGCCUCUCGUUUGGCACCUUCAACAAAUACCUGUAUGCGUCAGAAGGCGGUGAGGGUGUCGAUGCUUAUACUAUUGACACUGGUAUCAACAUUGAACAUGUCGAUUUCGAGGAUCGCGCACACUGGGGCAAGACCAUCCCUAGCAAUGAUGAGGAUGCGGAUGGCAAUGGACACGGAACCCACUGCUCCGGAACCAUCGCUGGUAAGAAGUACGGUGUCGCCAAGAAGGCCAACAUCUAUGCCGUCAAGGUCUUGAGGUCCAGCGGUUCUGGCACUAUGUCCGAUGUCGUUUUGGGUGUCGAGUGGGCCGUCCAAUCCCAUCUCAAGAAGGCUAAGGACGCCAAAGACGGCAAGGUGAAGGGCUUCAAGGGUAGCGUUGCCAACAUGAGUCUUGGUGGUGGCAAGUCUAAGACCCUUGAGGACGCUGUCAAUGCUGGUGUUGAGGCUGGUCUUCACUUCGCCGUUGCUGCCGGUAACGACAAUGCUGAUGCCUGCAACUACUCCCCUGCUGCCGCUGAGAAUGCCAUCACUGUCGGUGCCUCCACUCUUCAGGAUGAACGUGCUUACUUCUCCAACUACGGAAAGUGCACCGACAUCUUUGCUCCGGGUCUCAACAUUCUCUCCACCUGGACUGGCAGCAAGCACGCUGUCAACACCAUCUCCGGAACGUCGAUGGCCUCUCCUCACAUUGCUGGUCUGCUGGCCUACUUCGUUUCGCUGCAGCCUGCUCAGGACUCCGCAUUCGCUGUCGAUGAGCUUACUCCUGCCAAGCUGAAGAAGGAUAUCAUCUCCAUCGCCACCCAGGGCGCUCUUACUGAUAUCCCAUCUGACACUCCCAACCUCCUCGCCUGGAACGGUGGUGGUGCCGACAACUACACCGAGAUCGUCACCAAGGGUGGUUACAAGGCCGGCAGCAACAACCUUAAGGACCGCUUUGACGGACUGGUCAACAAGGCCGAGAAGUUGCUCGCUGAGGAGCUUGGCGCUAUCUACAGUGAGAUCCAGGAUGCUGUUGUUGCAUAGAUGCAAGGCAAGAUUCAUUUAGAGAGACGUAACUAGUUUCGUUUAUGGCAGAGUAUGGGAAUUGGCUAACCGGACACUGGCGCUGGUAUUGUUUGCUGCUGUUUUUUUUGGUAUUAACGGAGACGCCGAUGCAUUGAAUGCAUUGGGUACAUUAUCCUUUCACGGUUUACCUGGUCUUUCAUUAUUAUUAUAGUAUACAUGUCCACAACAAUGUUUGACAUCCUAUCUAGAGAUAUAUGUGCUCGCUUUUUAACAGACUAACAAAUUGAUUAUGCGGCUGUUCUCCACAGAUAA